AUGUUCACCAAGACCGCCUGCUCUCUCCUCGUCCUGGCCUCGGCCGCCCAGGGCUUCAAGUUCACCGGCCCCGAGGGUGACAGCCUCGACGUCACCAAAAACAUCACCAUCACCUGGAAGCAGGAGAACAAAACCACCGAGAAGGAGUUCGGUCUCUUCUGGUACACCAAGCCCGAUGACCUUCUGACGCUCAGCUUUGAGAUCGGCUACAAAAUCAACAUCUCCGAUGGGGAGUACGUUUGGUCGCCGAGCAACAACACACGCAAGGAGUUGGGAAAGUACAAGGAUGCUCUCACCAAGAACAAGAUCUUCCGCUUCCAGGCCGAGUUCUAUGACGGAGAUAAAAAGGCCCAGGAUGAUGUUUUCAGCAGCAACUACACUCUGACUGGAGUGGAAGAGGUGGAGGCUAAUGCCGGAUCGGAGGUGAUGCCUACUUGGGGAUUGGUUGCUGGUGGACUUGCUGCGGCUGGAUUGGUGAUGGCAUAA